AUGUCAUACCCAAACCACCUGUCAUGCGACCCUCGGAACUGGAAGAGGACUGACCUCGCAGCACAAUGGCAAGUGAAGAUGGGUUUUCCCGACAGCACGUUUCCCGCUGACGCUCAAUCCUUCGCCGUGGACAACACGACGCAACACACUGUGGCUCAUCAACAUGAGUCGAUUCAGUGUGCCAUGCCGGAGUGGGCACAAGUCCACCCCUGCCCGACCACGGCAUGGCUGGGCCAUGAGGGAGUUACCACCAUUUCAGGAGCAACUACUGGUAACAAACGCGUUGUCGCGAGUGUAGCGGGUGACGACGAAGGCUUCGAAGGGUAUACCCUCGUCCAAAUAAACCCUGAAUCGAGAAUGUCCGCCCUCAGGGAUGAUUCUGCGAGUGUACUCAUUCCGGAGUCUGUAAAGGCAGCAGGCCGAGGGCAGACUCACCGAAAGGCCAUCUCGCGGGCACCCAGGUGGACAAGCGGCAGACUCCAUCCUGAGCUCGUGCUGGAGCUGGAGCUGUCACCAAUGUGA